UUUCUUUGGUGUUUUUGAUGGGCAUGGAGGGGGAAAAGCUGCUGAAUUUGUGGCAAAAAACCUAGAUAGAAACAUUAUGAAGGAAGUGAUGAGUAGAUGCGAAGAGGAAAUCAUAGAGGCAGUGAAAGAUGGGUACCUUUCCACAGACGCGGAGUUUCUAAAGGAAGAUUCAAAUGGUGGUACUUGCAGCGUCACGGCAUUGAUACGUAAUGGCAACCUUGUUGUCUCAAAUGCUGGUGAUUGUCGUGCUGUUUUGAGUCGAGAAGGGGUUGCAGAGGCCCUAACAGAUGAUCACCGGCCUUCUAGGAAAGACGAAAGAGACCGGAUUGAAAAUCAGGGUGGCUAUGUGGACUGUUGCAAUGGAGUUUGGAGAAUACAGGGAUCUGCUGUAUCCAGAGCAUUUGGGGAUCGACAUCUUAAACAAUGGGUAGUGACAGAACCAGAGACAACGUUAUUAAGAAUUACACCUGAAUGCGAGUUCUUAAUUCUUGCUUCUGAUGGACUUUGGGACAAGGUUAGUAUUCAGGAGGCAGUAGAUGUAGUUCGCCCUUCAAGCAUUGGUGUUGAUAAAUCGAAGUCAAUGUCAGCUUGUAAAAGGCUAGUUGACCUGUCAGUAAUGAGAGGUUCCAUUGAUGAUAUAAGUGUCAUGGUGAUUCUAUUAGCCCACUUUCUUCCAUAAUUGAUAGGUUGAUAAUACAUACUUAUAAUCUUUUUCAGAAUGUUCCCAACCUCUCAAUCAAUUGUAUCAUCUAUGCAUGUUUUUCACAUUUCUUCCC